AUGGCGUUUGGCAAGCGUUGUUUGAUUUACGGCAUACUGGCUGGAUCGUUCAGCCUCCAGCCAGCGUGCGCCUUGCCAAUCUUGGACUCCUUGGUCAACCCCUACCUUGACACACUCAAGUCAAUCUUGAGCGGCAAAGGUCUGAUUGAGGGUACGCUUGGUGCAGUUCAAGGUGCUCUGGGUGUGGAGAAGACAUUUGACUAUGUCGUUGUUGGUGGUGGCACAGGUGGCAAUGCAAUCGGCGUGCGCCUCGCCGAGGCCGGCUUCUCAGUGGCCAUCAUCGAAGCGGGCCUGUACUACGAGAUCGGGAAGCCUGUCCUCGGCUCCACUCCUGCAGGUGGUAUUGUUGGGAUCGGUGCCAACCCCUUGGACUCGGAUCCGCUGGUCGAUUGGGUCUUCAUGACUGAGCCUCAGGCGGGCGCGAAUAACCGAGAAGUGCACUACGCUCGCGGAAAGUGUCUCGGUGGCUCCUCCGCUCUUAACUUUAUGAUCUACCACAGAGGAUCGGAGCAGUGCUACCAACAAUGGGCAGAUGCCGUCGGCGACGACAGUUACACAUACCAGAACCUCGACCCAUACUUCAAGAAAGCUGUCACCUUCACCGAGCCCAACAAUGAAAAGCGGGGAGAUAACGUUACCAGUGAAUACGAAACAGAUGCUUUCGCAACGCCUGGUGGACCUGUCCAGGUCGGAUACACAAACUAUGUGUCCCCCUUCGCCACCUGGAUGGAAAAGGCUCUUCUGGCGGUCGGCUUGAAGAAGACGAGUGGCUUCAGCAGUGGAAAGUUGCUUGGCACUCACUACACUCAGACAACCAUCAGGUCUUCGGACCAAACGCGUAGCGCAUCUGAUGCGUACGUCAAGAGUGCACUCGACAACCCGAAUCUCUCUGUAUACACCAACACCAUGGCCCAGAAGAUCCUAUUCGAUGACAACAAGACUGCAACAGGCGUUACAGUCCAGUCCACUGCCAUCACCUACGAUAUCCAUGCCUCCAAGGAAGUCAUUGUGGCCGCUGGCUCUUUCCAGAGCCCCCAGCUUCUGAUGGUCUCGGGCAUCGGACCGAAGGAGACUUUGGAGCAGCACGGAAUUGAUGUAAUUGCUGAUCGUCCUGGCGUCGGACAGAACAUGUGGGAUCACAUCAUGUUUGGCCCCGCCUACGAGGUCAGCUUCAACACCCUCGACUACACGCUCCACAACCCGGUCGCCCUCGCCGACGCGCUGGCCGACUACGCAACGACCGCCGACGGCAUCCUCUCGUCCAACGUGGUCGAGUUCCUCGGCUGGGAGAAGCUGCCACAGGAGUUCCGCCAGAACUUCUCCCAAUCGACCGUGGACGCGCUGUCGCAGUUCGCCGACGACUGGCCCGAGGUGGAGCUCAUCAGCGGCAACGGCUACAUCGGCGACUUCUCGCUGCCGGUGCUGCAGCAGCCGCUCGACGGCAAGCAGUACGCGACCAUCCUCGGCGGCAUGGUCGCGCCCACGUCGCGCGGCAACGUGACCAUCAAGUCGGCCUCGAUGAACGAUGCCCCUGUCAUCAAUCCCAAUUGGCUGACCACGAAGGCGGACCAGGAGAUGGCCGUCGCGCUGUUCCGCCGCAUGCGCCAGAUCUGGGCGUCCGAGACGAUGCAGGAGGUCGUCGUCGGUGACGAGUACUGGCCCGGCUUGGACAAGGGCAGCGAUGAGGAGAUCCUCGAGGUCGUGAGGGAUAGCCUCAUGACCAUCUGGCACGCCGCGUGCACGUGCAAGAUGGGUAAGGAGGACGAUGAGAUGGCGGUCGUGGAUACGGAGGCGAAGGUCUAUGGCGUGAGCGGUUUGAGGAUCGUGGACGCCAGCGCGAUGCCGAUAUUGCCUCCUGGACAUCCUUCGAGCACUAUUUAUGCGCUUGCGGAGAAAAUCGCGGACGGCAUUGUCAAGAGUUGA